AUGGCAUCUUUCUUCAGGAACAUAGAGGUUGCACCUCCUAUUGAGGUAUUUUACAUGAACAAAAUGUAUCAAGAUGAACCGGCGCAGUAUAAAGUUAAUUUAACUAUUGGAGCAUAUCGUACGGAAGAAGGGAAACCAUGGGUAUUGCCAGUGGUCCGUGAAGCGGAGAAACGACUUGCAGACAAUAUGGAUCAUGAAUAUUUACCAGUGCUUGGUUAUGAACCAUUUUGUAAUGCGGCAGUGGAAUUAGUUCUUGGGAAGAAUUCACCGACUAUCAAAACUGGAAAAGCUACGGGUGUGCAAUGCCUUUCUGGUACGGGGUCACUAAAAGCUGGAGCUGAUUUUCUCAAUUUUGUCAUGAAAAUGAAAACGGUUUACAUUUCUAAACCAACUUGGAGUAAUCAUAAAUUAAUAUUUGCAAGAGCUGGUUUUACGGAUAUACGUGAAUACUGUUAUUGGGAUGCAACAAAUCGUUGUAUUAAUAUGAAAGACAUGUUGGCCGAUCUUGAGAUUGCACCUGAGAACUCUAUAGUGGUUUUGCAUGGUUGUGCCCACAAUCCAACUGGUAUGGAUCCGACUCAUGACCAGUGGAAACAGAUUGCGAAAAAAAGGCAGCUUUUUCCAUUUUUCGAUCUUGCCUAUCAAGGCUUCGCAAGUGGUGAUCUGGAUGCGGAUGCCUGGGCUGUGCGAUAUUUUGUUGAGCAAGGAUUGGAGAUCUUUUGCGCACAGUCAUUCGCCAAGAAUUUUGGCCUUUAUAAUGAACGAGUUGGCAAUCUGACAGUUGUAGUAUCAGAUCCAUUGGCACUAACAAACUUUAAAUCACAAAUGUCAUUAGUUAUUCGAUCCAAUUGGUCAAAUCCUCCCAAUCAUGGUGCAAGAAUUGUGCAUAUGAUAUUAACAUCGCCAAGUAUGUGUGUCCAAUGGCAUGAUGCUAUAAAGACAAUGUCUUUGCGCAUAAAGAAUAUGCGACAAGCAUUACGAGAAAACCUAGAAAAACUUGGCACUCCUGGAAAGUGGGAGCAUAUUACACAACAAAUUGGCAUGUUUUCAUUCAGUGGUCUUAAUGCGGAACAAGUUGAUCACCUUGUCAAGGAACACAAAGUUUUUUUGCUAAAGGAUGGACGAAUAAAUGUUUGUGGAUUAAAUCCACAAAAUGUUGAAUACGUCGCUAAAGCAAUCAAUGAAACAGUCACUAAUAUAAAAUAA